AUGUCUCGCCCCAAGUACGGAGGAGCAAGCUCAGCGGCAGCAGGAGAGCCAUCCGACUGGAAGGAGAAACACACAGAUUACUACGCCAAUGAGCCUCCUGCCGACGAUCAAGCAGAUCUGAAUGCGAGUGCCAUCUCACUAGAGGGCACGGUGCAAGUGGUGAAGGAGAACAUGUGGUACAUUGGCGAUGCUGCGUUGAAAAGCGUUGCUGAAGUACUCUACGGGUUCGGAAUCAGCCCAACAAUACUCGGAUACACGGAAGAAGAGCUCCUAGAGGAGGACGACGAGGAGUAUGACAUUGCUCAGCCGUCGGUCCAGAGGGACGAGGUGGUGGCCAAGACGUCGUUUGCGAUGCGCAGUGAGGAGAACAUGCAGCGCCGCAAGACAGAGGAGCCUGCCCCGCCUGUGGAUGAGGCAGAGGAGGUUUACAUGGACCAAGGGGCUGAUGGUUGGGGAGGUGAGGAAGACUACAUUGAAUUUGUGGAGGACAAGAAGGAUAAUAUAGGCGCAGAGGGUUUGGAACGGUUUCGAGAUAAGGAGCCGUAUGGAUCGUUCGGAGGCUCUUAUUUGGACCGGAGACGAGUCAGAGUCAGUGCAUCGUGGAGAAGAAGGGAGUUAGAAGAGAUUUUGAUCCAACGGCCACGACAUUCUCAGGGGAUAGCAGGAGGUGCCAUUCAACGGCCAGGAUUAACUCUGGAGCUAGUCGGAGGUGCACGAGGGAGACGAGGUGCUGGGAUUGUUCCUGCAGCGACGGCCAAUGCUGACGUGGCGUCUGGAACAGGGAGGGAAAAGGCAGGUCGCGACGCGAUCCGGCGUGGCAUGCAGCUGUUUAUCGAGAAUGAGGUGGAGGCGUCCCUGAAUGAAUUCGAGGCCGCAUUGGAGCUCGACCCAGCCCAGAUCCCCUAUUUAUGGCAGAGAGGUCUUUCACUCUUCUACCUCAACAGAUUCGCAGAAGCAUCACAGCAGUUUCGUGCAUGCAUCGCAGCAAAUUCAAGAGAUGCUGAAGAGUCCAUCUGGUGCUUUGUCUCAGAAGCCAGGGCGAAUGGAGUGGACUCGGCCCGAGAAAGCAUGCCAGAGGUGCCCCGGGACCCAGGCAAGGUGCUACGAGCAGCAUACGACAUGUUUAAGACGGGUGCUGACCCCUUGCAGGUGUUGGCAGCAGCAGGGGAUGACGAGGGGGGGUCAUCAGCCUUCUAUGCUCGGUUAUAUGUCGGCCUCUUCUUUGAAAUUAUGGGCGAUGAGGCCACGAGUAGGAAGUACAUCCAAUCAGCAGCUGCCACAGAAUACGCAUGCAGGUCGUCAGACUACAUGGCAGCAGUGGCACGGGUGCAUUGCUUGAGACGACAGUGGCCUCUCCCUCCCUCCACUUUCGACGAUUAA